AUGCCUCUGCCCGUUUUUGAAUACACUCCCUUGUCACCAGGGGUAGAUACUCGCGUCCUGGAGCUCCAGCCUUCACUGGAUAUAGACGCCCCUUUGCGCUGCAAUCUGCGGGAUCUUACGCUCGGGUUUGAGGCCGACAGUGCACAAGGAUCCUAUGAGUGCAUAUCAUACACAUGGGGAGAACCACUGCUCGCCAAGCCUUUAGUCAUGAACGAUACUGCUGUGUCCAUGGCCACUGAAAGUCUUCACAAAGCUUUGUCAAGAUUCCGGCUGCCGACAAAAAUUCGCAGACUUUGGGCAGAUGCUGUGUGUAUCGACCAGAAUGACCCCGAGGACAAGGCUAGGCAGAUCUCUCGCAUGGCAGAUGUCUUUCGAUCUGCUUCCUCUGUCUUGAUAUGGCUUGGUGAUUCCGAAGAAGGGUCCAUGGCGCUUGAAAUCAUUGAUCGGCAUGCACGGUACAAGAAUCAUCGCACUCACGAUGGUUCUGCUGAAGUCUCAAAAGCCUCGGAUAUUUUGUUCUCCCUGCCCUGGUGGAGCCGACGUUGGGUGAUACAAGAGGCGCUCCUUAAUGCAAACGUUUUCUUGGUCUGUCGGUCGGUAGAAAUGCCUUGGGUUCGAAUGGUUCCCCUCUUUGCCAGAGACAGAGGCUGCUUUGAUUAUUUACAUCAACGCGUGGUCACUCAUGGGCGGAUUGCCCCUCGACCUAUGGUAACAAUCAUGUUUACUCUUUGGAAGACCCAUGGCCUUGGUUUAGAUGAUAUCAACAGACCUACCCUCAUGGGUCUUCUGAACGCAUUUUCCGGAUCUGAAUGCUCAAAUGGCCAUGAUCGAAUUUAUGCACUGGCAGGCUUUGCCGAAGAUAUGAUCCUAUACGCACCAGGAGGGAAACCCGUGCGGGACCUUCCACAACAGAUAUAUUACAGGGGAAAGAUUGAGGUGGACUAUAUGCAGUCCACCGAAGAGCUUUACAUGAAGUUCGCUUGGGAGUAUCUUCACGAAUUGAAAGGUUCUUCCUGGAUGGGAUGUUUAGUCGACCACGCUCUGCGAAGAUCCGACGGGGUUGAUAGAAAUGGACUUCCAUCGUGGGUACCGGAUUGGAGGCUUCCAGUAACACGAAUACCUUUGUUCUUACAAGGACAAUGUCGAGUGCGAAGUGUUGAGGCUCAUUCCGGUCAUAAACGAGCCACACUGCAUGGCAUGGUCCAGGGCACGGUAGACGCUAUUAUCGGGGUAUUUCCGUCUAAAAACGACUUAGACCUGGAUUCAUGGGUUCCAGAAAUGUGGGAAAAGCUCGUCCAAUGGAGCAAUGAAAAACACCUAGAGCUCUCUCAAAUGCUCGGGCCAGAUGCCGACCUCACAAUCUGGCACAUUCUUGGGUCGGUGUUGUUAGCCGAGCCCCAUGGACAGCAUAGGAAUGAAUGUUGCCUUGUUAAAUUGACAAACUAUCUAGAUCUUAGGCCUAUUCAUAGCCUGCCUGGCUAUACGAGGCAGGUGGACCUGCGCAUGUUACAGACACCGGAGAGCAGGGAAAAGAUCUGCUCAAAUAUGACUGGGCGUUUGCUUUUCACCUCGGUCGGCCAAACGGAUCUUAGGAUGCCAGGUGAAAGUAGACUGAUUGUCGGCAUCGGGCCUGGCCACACCCAGUGUGGCGACAUUGUUGUCAGCCCGGGCUAUAGCAACCAUAGACAUACCUUGUCUGACAGUAGGGAUGUGUAUUUCGGAGGUCCUUGGACGACUGAAGACCCUUACUGGGUGGCUUCGUAUCUCCUUCGAUAUGGCGAGCCUUUAGGGAGCGAAACGAGCUUCAAACUGGUGGGUGAAUGCUUUUGGCAGCUUCACCUUACGAAGGAGGACUGCGAAGAUGAGCAAUAUGAAGAAGGCUCCAGAUCCCAUCGUGUGACGGUGAGCCACCCUCAUGAGGACAACUUUCGAAUGUUGCUUCCAAAGAGAGAUUUCAAUAUAUCAUAG